UUGUUCAUGUCUAUAUAAAAUUUAUUCAAAUCAUAUACAUAUUUAUUGAUUUAUGGUUUUAAUGAAACAUAUAUUUAUAUAAAUGUUUUCUAAAUAUUAAUAUUUACAUUUGACAUUAUCAAUGGUUCAAAAUAGUAAUUUCAACUAUUUUGAAUAAUUUUGUUUGAGAAACUAUGGAAAAGUACACAAUUUUAUGAUUAGGAAGAUUCCAAAAACAAAAUUGAAUAAAUUUAGUUAUUUUAUUAAUUUUUAUAAAUUUAAAUGAGUAAUUUGUUUACUCUAUCUGAAAACUUUUCUUUCCCAUAUUUUUAUUUUCUCUUGAAUAAAUAAAUAUUUUCAAAUAUAUAAUCUAAAAUAAAUAAUAAUAAAACAUAAAUUUGAAAUUAAACUAGACCCUGACCCGCGCAGGCGCACGGGUAUAAAUUAUCGGUUUUUGGUUAUUUAUUUAACUAAAUGAUGUAUUUGUAAUAUUUGAUGCAUUAUAUUCACCAAAUAAAUAAUUUUUUGGCAUCUUAAACCAUCUAUUUAUGACGAAUAUUCAAUAUCAUAUAAAAAAUAGAACAAACAGACGUAAUUAGAGAAUCGUAGACGAUAUAUAAAAACAAUGGUUAUUAAUAUAAAAUAUAAAGAAAUAUUAUAUUAUGACUUAGUAUGGCAUAAAAGAUUAUAAAUUAGUUAUACAUGUUUAAAGAAAAUACAAUGAUUUUUAAACUUCUAUGAAAAAUUUAACAUAUAAAAAAGGACGAUGAAUUAGUCCUCAAAUUGUAAAUAAUUUCAUAAUUUUAUUAAUAAUAAAUUAUUUAUAGUCUCUGUUUUUCGUCAAGAUAAUUAUUAAAUGUCCAUAACAUUAAUAUGUUAAAAAAGCAUAUUAUGAAAGUCCAUGUUGUAACUGUUUUUUUCCGGGAAGUGUAACAAAAAAAAUUACGUUUAACUCUUCAUUUUGUUUAAGUUAUGUGUCGGUAAAAGAUUAAAAAAAUGUUUCUAUCUUUUUCAAUGUUCAAGUUGAAGCUUAUUAUGCGAAAAUCAUACGCAAGUAUAGACAAUUGGUUGGAAUCUCUAUAACUUUAUAUUCUUACAAAUUUUAAAUUUAUUGUUUUCUCUUCUGCAAGCAAAUAUAUUCUUAUAAUUAGUGUAAUUAUGGUUACAAAUUAUAUAUUUAAUAGGUACAUUAAAGAUACGACAUUGAAGAUAUUAUGUUUUGAUUAAUAGAAGAUAUUGGAUUUUGAGUUUGUAUUUAUUGAUUUGUUUUUUUAUAAAGCUUAGAAAAUCAAUAGGAUGAUUGGUUGGUUGAUACAUCCUAUAAGGAAAACGAAAACUGUAUGUGGUUUGAAUAACAUCGAUCGAUGCAUGAUGUAAGUUGGCUAUAUAAAACUUGAGCAUGAUCAUUUCAAACUAAAGUAUAUGAAGGUUAUAUGCAUUUGUUAUAUUGUAGUUAAUAUAUUUUAAAUAUUACAUGCGUCAAGUGAUUCACAUUUUCGUAAAAAUAAAAUUCAAGUUCAUUAUUGGGCUGUACUCGUCCGUAAUAAGCUACGUUAAAUAUGAUGUAUUUGUAGGUUCAUUUAAUGACAUUAAGUUUAAAUUUGAUUAAGAAAAACACAUUAAUUUAACUGAAAAAGACAAGCAUUAAAAUAUGUAGGUUCAUUUAGUGACAUUAAGUUUAAAUUUGAUUAAAAAAAACUCACUAAAUUAACUGAAAAAAUAAGCAUUAAAAUAAGUAGUUUAAUUUAAUUCUCAGUGGCAUGGAAGUGUAAAUAAGUUAGAAAACUUAGGGAUAUUUUUUAAUGAGUACUUCUCUUUUAAUAAUAUAGAUAUGAGUCUAGACGGGUUUCAUGUUUCCAAAAUGAAUAUGAUUAUUCGCAACGAAAAAUAGUUGCAAUGUAAAAAUUAAAAAAAAAAAAAAAACCAAGAGAACAUUAUUCAAAAACGCCAAAUUCCCCUUAUUUGUAACUUACAUCUCUUUACGUUGGUUAACAAAUUCUAUAUAUUUAAGAGGAAACCAAACAGAAAAAGAAAAUUAUUUUUUGCUAAAGGAUAUUGUUAGGUGUCGGUUGAUUCGGUGUCGGUAAAAAAAGUGUUGAGGUGAUCACCAUUCUUAUAAAUUCAACACAACCCUAAAACAAAACAUUAACUAUUUUAGGUCUGUUAUCUUCGAAUGAUAGUGUUUCUCGAGUAAAGUAGCCAUGAGAAUCAAUUUCGACCACGAAAUCGAUAACAAUCCUCAACCGGAAGAAGCUGGCACGAUCACAGUCACUGCCACGAUCUUUGGCGACGAUGAUGAGUUUGACACGCCAUUCACGACUAGGUCGCACUCCAUACAAGACGUAUUCGGUUGUGAUGAGGACGAAGACUCCGACUGUCAGAUCGUACGGGAAUUGAAGUGUUUCCUCCUGGUGGAAGCCAAUAUCGACGAUGACGACGUUAUUGGUGAUGCGAUGAGGAAACUAGUUGCCUACAUUGACGGUGUAGCUUGUUUCACAAGUAACAGUGGCUAUUCUCUUGAAUGUGCUUUAUCGGUUCAGAUGGAUCUUUUUCCUGAUUCUCGGUCUCAGAUUGAAGAAGCCAUUCAAGUCUCGUUCGACGAGACAAGUAAUAACACCCGGUUUAUACCCGCUAGCAAGGUCGUGGUCAAAACCCUAAUAAGGAAAGUAUACAAGAAGAAGAUCGAAAAGGAAAACAUGAACAAGAAGAAGAAAAAGAAGAAGAUUAGCUUGGAAGAGUGCACAAUUUGUUUGGAGGAGUUUAAGAAUGGAGGAAGAGUUGUGCCUUUAGCUUGUGGACAUGAGUUUGACGAGGAGUGUAUCGUGAAGUGGCUUGAGACCAGUCAUGUUUGUCCAUUGUGUCGUUACGAGCUGCCAUGUGAAGAUCAAAUGAAUUAAGUGCUCCAUCGGUUUCACAACUAGUAAGAGAAUGUAGAUUUGGCUUAGGAGAGUUACUUAUUAUAGUGAAGCUCUCUUUAAUUAGUACUCUCUUUUUAUAAAAAAAAAUAUCCAUCUGUUUGUUUUGCUACUUUGAAGCAUGUUGUGUAUACUUAUCAUAAUAUCCUCUUCUGUUGUCUAAAAAAAACUUGGCUAACAUUUAUAAAGAAACGGACAUUGAUCAUUCUUACAAAUGGUUGCAAUCAACCUGUGUGUUGUACAUUCUAUUUGGCAGAAGUUAAAAGGUUUUUGGUUAUGUUAAGAAAUUGUCCUCAAGAGAGAGAGGAAAAUUUACAAAAUAUUGAAACUAACCUGUGUUGUUGUACAUUCUAUUCCCAAAGAUGGUUGGUUUCUUUU